AUGCCCUUGGAAGGGAUUUUCAUUGAACCAACAAAUCCAACAUCAACCCAAACUCAACCUGAUCUUUCUCUUCACAUAAGUCCACCAAGUACUUCUUCUUCCUCUUUGAUUUCCAACAACAUAGAUACAUCUCAUUUACUCAAUUAUGAACCUCGCAAUUCGUCAAGAACUUCGGCUCAAACUCAAGCUCAAGCUCACACUGAACUUUCUCUUGGAAGAAAUUUUAGCGGUGGUGUUCAAGAAUCACAUCAUCAGCAACAACAGCAACAGCAGCAACAACUACAUAACCCUUAUUAUCAAACCCAACAAGCUCAUUUCCCUAAUCUUCAACACCACCACAACUCGACAACUACAACGAGUACCACAACAAAUUCUACUUCAAUGAAUCACAUAAAUUAUGGUGUUUCAUUGCUCGACGUAUCCUCCUCGUCCUCCUCGGAAGGGUUAAGACCGAUUAAAGGAAUCCCAGUCUAUCACAACCGUUCAUUCCCUUUUUUACCAGCCAUGGAACAUUCCAGAGAAAAAGAUCCAAAGAUGUGUUUAUAUCACCACAUGCCAAAUUCAACAGCCCCUCCUUCUUCAUCCUCACCUCUUUCCCCCUACAUCGCUGCAGGAGGAAGCUUAGAUCCCAUGUCGUUCUUAAACUCUAGUGGCUCAGCGGCCGCUUACCGAGCCGCUGUAGCCACCAGGUUCAACAACAGCGAACCGUUCAAAUCUCAUCAAUAUCCAUUGCACCAUCUUCAUCAUCAUAAUCACUCACACUAUGGCGGACUCGGAAACUCAGAAGCAUCCAUGAGAUCAAGAUUCUUACCGAAACUACCAACAAAAAGAAGCAUGAGAGCGCCAAGAAUGCGAUGGACGAGUACCCUUCACGCUCGAUUCGUUCAUGCCGUCGAGCUUCUCGGUGGCCAUGAAAGAGCAACGCCAAAGUCAGUACUUGAACUGAUGGAUGUGAAGGAUCUCACAUUAGCUCAUGUAAAAAGCCAUUUGCAGAUGUAUCGAACUGUUAAGACUACAGACAAACCUGCAGCUUCUUCUGGACUUUCAGAUGGAUCUGGAGAAGAUGAUGUACCUCUAAUCGGAAACAAUGGUGGAAUUCGUCAAUUUUCCGAUCAAAGAAGCUUAAAUGAUAGACCAGUACAACAAGAUAUGGAUUACUCUUCCACAACCACUCUUUGGAGUAAUUCUUCUAGUAGUAGAGAACCAUGGCCACAAACUAGUCCUAAUGAUGUAGAUGGUUUCAGACCAGCUAUCUUCCAGUCACAACCAAUAUCAGGAGUGCACCAAAUUCAGGAUUGUGAUUCGAAUCAACUGAAGAACAAUUUGUCGGGAUCUAAUUUAGAGUGUAAGAACCCAAGCUUGGAGUUCACAUUAGGCAUACCAGAUUGGAAUGGCAAAGGACAAGCCUAA